UGAAACAUAAUGUUCCUACACAGGGCCAGGCUGGAUAAAGCCAGGCAUUGUCCCUAUCUGGCCUGAAUUGUCCCAUCCCACUGUGGGGGUAAAGCUGGCAGGCGGAGCAACUGGGACCUUGCCCCUAAGAGAUCUUAGUGCUACCGUGAGAAGGACACAAGUCCUGGAGCAGACAGCUGGUCACUCUUCAACUUAGACUUCUCUGCCUCUGUGCCCCGCUGAGGAGCUGAACUUGCUGCGGGUCACCUCAGGAGACCACCCUUCUUCCUUGGCUGAGGAACUGCUUGUCCCUCCAACUCAUAAUGAGUCAGCUGAGGCUGCUGCCGUUCAGGUUGGGGCCACAGGCCAUGAGGCUCCUGGCCACACGGGACAUCCCAGUGUCCAGUGGGCACAGGAUGUCCUCUGGGCCACCGACCACCGUUCCAAGCAGCAGAAGUGGAGUCAGUUCCAGUUACGUGGAAGAGAUGUACUUUGCCUGGUUGGAAAACCCACAGAGUGUUCACAAGUCCUGGGACAGCUUUUUCCGGAAAGCUAGUAAGGAGGCCUCUCUGGGUCCUGCUCAGCCACAGCCCCCUGCCGUCAUCCACGAAAUCAGGCCGUCAGUCUCAAGUUGCACCAAGACCAGCAAGCUGGUAGAAGACCACCUGGCAGUACAAUCCCUGAUCCGUGCCUACCAGAUCCGAGGCCACCAUGUGGCCCAGCUGGACCCCCUGGGCAUCCUGGAUGCAGACCUGGACUCCUUUGUGCCUUCAGACUUGAUAACAACCAUUGAUAAAUUGGCCUUCUACGACCUGCAGGAGGCGGAUCUGGAUAAAGAGUUCCAGCUGCCCACCACGACUUUCAUUGGGGGCUCGGAGAACAUGCUCUCUCUGCGGGAGAUCAUUCGUCGCCUGGAGAGCACCUACUGCCAGCACAUUGGCCUGGAGUUCAUGUUUAUUAAUGAUGUGGAGCAGUGCCAGUGGAUCCGGCAGAAGUUUGAAACUCCUGGUGUGAUGCAGUUUUCCAGCGAGGAGAAACGGACCCUGCUGGCCAGACUGGUGCGCUCCAUGAGGUUUGAAGACUUCCUGGCCAGGAAGUGGUCUUCAGAGAAGCGGUUUGGCCUAGAAGGCUGUGAGGUCAUGAUCCCUGCUCUUAAGACCAUUAUCGACAAAUCUAGUGAGAUGGGGAUUGAAAACGUCAUUCUGGGGAUGCCGCACAGGGGCAGACUAAAUGUGCUGGCCAACGUGAUCCGCAAGGACCUGGAGCAAAUCUUCUGUCAGUUUGAUCCCAAGCUGGAAGCAGCAGAUGAGGGCUCUGGUGAUGUCAAAUACCAUCUGGGCAUGUACCAUGAGAGGAUCAACCGUGUCACCAACAGGAACAUCACACUAUCACUGGUAGCUAACCCUUCCCAUCUGGAAGCUGUGGACCCUGUGGUACAGGGGAAGACUAAGGCAGAACAGUUCUACCGUGGGGAUACCCAGGGUAGGAAGGUCAUGUCCAUCUUGGUCCAUGGGGAUGCUGCCUUCGCUGGCCAGGGUGUUGUCUAUGAGACCUUCCAUCUGAGUGACCUGCCUUCCUACACCACCAAUGGCACAGUACAUGUUGUGGUCAACAACCAGAUUGGCUUUACCACAGACCCCCGAAUGGCUCGCUCCUCCCCUUACCCCACUGACGUGGCACGGGUGGUCAACGCACCCAUCUUUCACGUGAAUGCAGAUGACCCAGAGGCCGUGAUCUACGUGUGCAGUGUGGCGGCUGAGUGGAGGAAUACCUUCAACAAAGAUGUUGUCGUGGACCUGGUCUGUUACCGCCGGCGUGGCCACAAUGAGAUGGACGAGCCCAUGUUCACACAGCCGCUCAUGUACAAGCAGAUCCACAAACAGGUACCCGUGCUGAAGAAGUAUGCGGACAAGCUCAUUGCCGAGGGCACAGUCACCUUACAGGAGUUUGAGGAAGAAAUUGCCAAAUACGACCGGAUCUGUGAGGAGGCAUAUGGCAGGUCCAAGGAUAAAAAGAUCCUGCAUAUAAAGCACUGGCUAGAUUCCCCCUGGCCUGGCUUCUUCAAUGUGGAUGGAGAGCCCAAGAGCAUGACAUGCCCAACCACGGGCAUCCCUGAGGACAUGCUGACCCACAUUGGCAAUGUGGCCAGCUCUGUGCCCCUGAAGGACUUUAAGAUCCACACAGGUCUCUCUCGCAUCCUGCGUGGCCGUGCAGACAUGACCAAGAAGCGCACAGUGGACUGGGCAUUGGCAGAAUACAUGGCCUUCGGUUCACUGCUAAAGGAGGGUAUCCACGUGCGGCUCAGUGGCCAAGAUGUGGAGAGGGGCACAUUCAGCCACCGGCAUCAUGUUCUUCAUGACCAGGAAGUUGACCGGAGGACGUGUGUCCCUAUGAACCACCUGUGGCCUGACCAGGCCCCCUAUACUGUGUGCAACAGCUCCCUCUCAGAGUACGGAGUUCUAGGCUUUGAGCUGGGCUAUGCCAUGGCCAGCCCCAACGCCCUGGUCCUCUGGGAAGCUCAGUUUGGUGACUUCCACAACACAGCCCAGUGCAUCAUCGACCAGUUCAUCAGCACUGGCCAGGCCAAGUGGGUGCGGCACAAUGGCAUCGUGCUCCUGCUGCCCCAUGGCAUGGAGGGCAUGGGUCCAGAGCACUCUUCGGCAAGGCCAGAGAGGUUCCUGCAGAUGAGUAAUGAUGACUCCGAUGCCUACCCGGUGUUCACUGAGGACUUCGAGGUGAGCCAGCUCUAUGACUGCAAUUGGAUUGUGGUGAACUGCUCCACACCAGCCAGCUACUUCCACGUGCUGCGCCGACAGAUCCUGCUGCCCUUCCGCAAGCCACUCAUUGUGUUCACACCCAAGUCUCUGCUGAGGCACCCUGACGCCAAGUCCAGCUUUGACCAGAUGGUGUCCGGAACUAGCUUCCAGCGAAUGAUUCCAGAAGAUGGCCCUGCAGCACGGUCUCCUGGGCAGGUCCAGCGACUCAUCUUCUGCACAGGAAAGGUGUACUAUGACCUGGUAAAGGAGCGCGGCAGCCAGGGCCUGGAGGAGCAGGUGGCCAUCACACGCCUGGAGCAGAUCUCACCGUUCCCUUUUGACCUGAUCAUGCGGGAGGCAGAGAAGUACUCGGGUGCCGAGCUGGUGUGGUGUCAGGAGGAGCAUAAGAACAUGGGCUAUUACGACUACAUCAGUCCACGCUUCAUGACUCUGCUUGGCCGCUCCCGGCCCAUAUGGUAUGUUGGUCGGGAACCAGCAGCUGCACCAGCCACUGGAAACAAGAACGCUCACUUGGUGUCGCUGAGGAAGUUUCUGGAUAUUGCCUUCAACCUGAAGGCCUUUGAGGGCAAGACAUUUUAGGAUAAGACCAGACCUGCUCAGGUCUUGCCAAGGGAGGUUAUCUGGGAACUUUGUGGGCCUCAGACGAACCACACUCAUGUAGCUAAACCACACUCAUGUAGCAGUUGGGAACCAAAGACUAGCAUUGCUAACUUUGGUCUCCGUGUUUUUUUCAGAAUUGGUCAGGACCAAGAAUUAGCAUUCCUUAGAUAAAAGGGAAAUAGAUUGUACUCUGUUACUCUGCUGACCUUUCUGGAUCUCUCUCUCUCCCCUCUCUCUCUUUCUCAGUGGUUUCUCUCCUGUAUUGUCUUGUCUCUAGCCAGCCCCUGGAGCUGUGCCUGUGACCCCCGUCCCGGCCGUCCUUGUUGCCAUCCCCCUAUUGUCCCCACCCAUAGAUCAAAGAGAAGCUCUCUGCUGUGCUCUUAGAAGUAGCAAUGUCAGCAGUAACGGCAGGUGAAGCCCUACCACACCGGGAGACUCUGUGAGAUGUGGCGCACAUGUGUGAGCCAAAGCCGGAAACCAAAGAGCAGAGGAAUAAAGACGUGCUCGGGAAAGA